GGUUCGAAUUACUCUUGCAGUCUGCAAAGCUAGUAUUCGCAGCAGAAUCACGACCUGGGCUUUUGAUAAAAGCCCGGCCUCGCUAGCUCCAUCUUGAGUCUCUCUGGCUAACCGAUCGAGAUGGCUCACCGGGAAGUUGACAAUAAUGCCAUUUCCGACCAACCCCAAAUAAGUAAUAUUGUGGGUUUUGAUCCUCCAAAGAAACCCAAGAGGAACAAGUAUGCUAUUGCUUGUUCUGUUUUGGCCUCCAUGACAUCCGUCUUACUGGGUUAUGAUUUUGGAGUAAUAAGCGGAGCAAUAAUCUACAUAAAAGAGGACCUGAAAAUCUCUGACGUCGAGGUUGAAAUCCUCGUCGGGAUCCUUAACCUUUACUGCCUCAUUGGCUCGUUCGCCGCCGGUCGAACCUCCGAUUGGAUAGGCCGACGCUAUACCAUCAUGGUAGCCCAAGUCAUCUUCUUCGUCGGAGCUAUCCUCAUGGGCCUUGCCACCAACUACGCCUUUCUCAUGGUCGGUCGCUUCGUUGUCGGUGUCGCCGUCGGCUUCGGGCUCAUGAUCGCUCCGGUUUAUACCGCCGAGGUCUCUCCAGCCUCGUCUCGUGGUUUCCUCACCUCGUUCACCGAGGUCUUCAUUAAUGGCGGGAUAUUGCUGGGGUACGUUUCGAACUACGCUUUCUCCAAGCUCCCAACUCACUUGGGUUGGCGUUUGAUGCUUGGAGCGGGUUCUAUCCCUGCCGUUAUAAUCGGUCUCGUUGUCUUAGCCCUACCUGAGUCACCAAGGUGGCUGGUCAUGCAGGGUCGACUUGGCGACGCAAAGCGAGUCCUCGAUAAAAUCUCUGCCUCUAAAGAGGAGUCCGAGAUAAGACUAGCCGAUAUCAAAAGAGUCGCUGGUAUUUCUGAAGAUUGCACUGACGACGUGGUUUUGGUGCCCAAACAAAAUCAUGGCGAGCAAGUGUGGAAAGACCUAGUUCUCCAUCCCACAGCGUCUGUUCGCCACGCCUUAAUUGCAGCUGUCGGUAUCCAUUUCUUCCAACAAUCAUCAGGUAUUGAUUCGGUCGUUCUAUACAGCCCAAGAAUCUUUGAGAAGGCCGGUAUCACGUCGACGAACGACAAGUUACUAGCAACGGUGGCCGUAGGAUUCACCAAGACCAUAUUCAUCUUAGUGGCCACAUUCCUAUUAGACAGGAUCGGACGCCGACCGUUGCUUCUCACUAGCGUAGCAGGCAUGAUCCUUUCGCUUGCAACCCUUGCAAUUGGUCUGACUAUCAUCGACCACUCAGACCAGAAGCUAACUUGGGCAGUGGCUCUGUGCAUUGCCAUGGUGCUAGCAUAAGUGGCGAUAUACUCUAUAGGGUUGGGGCCCAUCACGUGGGUGUACAGCUCAGAGAUCUUACCGUUGCGGCUAAGGGCGCAAGGAGUGAGCAUCGGAGUGGCGGUGAGUAGGUUGACCAGUGCGGUAGUCUCCAUGACCUUUCUCACCCUGAGCAAAGGGAUCACCAUUGGUGGUGCCUUCUUUCUCUAUGCGUCGAUUGCCACGGUGUCUUGGUUCUUCUUUUAUUUCAUACUACCAGAAACACAAGAUAGAACCCUGGAGGACAUGGAGGGGUUGUUUGGUAAUUUCGGGUGGAAGCUCGCUAAAUUUAGGAAGAAGAAAGAUAAAAGCUACCCUAUAUAGAUUAUAUAAAAAUAAUUUUAUAAAUUGAUGUAAUUUAUCUAAUUUAUUAGAUCUAUUUUAUAAUAUAUCGAAUCACAUUAUGCAAUCUAUUUAUUGUUAAAGUACUUCCCUUUAUAAAUAAAUAAUGUUUGCUUCAUCUUA